AUGGCAAACACAACUACCACCGCGCUCGUUCUCCACGGCGCCAAAGACCUCCGCCUAGAACAACGCACCAUCCCCGCUCCGUCAACAACAGAAGUCCAAGUCGCCAUCCGCGCAACAGGCCUCUGCGGCUCAGACCUACACUACUACAGCCACGGCCGCAAUGGCGACUUCGUCGUCCGGGCACCAAUGUUCGGCGACCGCGUCGCACUAGAAGUCGGCCUCCCAUGUCGCACCUGCGCGCUCUGCAAACAAGGCCGCUACAACAUCUGCAAAGGCAUGCAAUUCCGCAGCUCGGCAAAAGUCUUCCCCCACCUCGACGGCACGCUGAUGGAGCGCACAAACCACCCUGCGGAUAUGUGCCACCUGCUCCCGGACAGCGUGUCCGAUGCUGGCGGUGCGCUCGUCGAGCCGCUGGCUGUCACGCUGCAUGCUGUGCGUCGCUCACACCCGCCGAGUAAGGAGGAGGUUGCGAUGAACCGUGCCGCUGGGGAGGAGACUGCGGCGUUGGUUUUUGGUGCUGGUGCGAUUGGUCUGCUGCUUGCUGGGGCUUUGGCUGCUAGUGAGAAUUUCUCGAAGAUUGUUGUUGCUGAUAUUGAUGCGCGGAGACUUAAGAUCGCGGAGGGGAUGGGUAUUGGGCUUAAGACUGCUCUUAUUCCCAGGGCGGAGACUCCGCCUCCGGCGAAGGAUGCGCCUCAUGCUGAGCAGACGGCGUAUGCGCUGGAGAAUGCGCAGAAGGUUGCUGCUGCGUUGGUCGAGGCGGUCGGGGCUAGGGAUGGCCUUGUUGUAAACGGAUUCAGUCGUGUUUAUGACUGUACCGGUGUGCCCGCUUGUGUGCAGGCUGGUAUCUAUGCUAGUGCACCUGGUGGUGUGCUGGUGCAGAUUGGUAUGGGGAACCCUAUCCAGACGCUGCCUGUUGGCGCCGCGGCGCUGCGCGAGGUGGAUAUCAUUGGUGUGUUCCGUUAUGAUGGACAUGCGUACCCUGCUGCUAUUGCGCUGCUGGCGAGCGGGAAGAUGAAGAGUGUUGAGGAGAAGGUUGUUACGCAUAGACUUAAGUUGGAGGAGGGAGAGCGGGCGUUUACACUUGCUGGGAAGGGAGUUGAUGAGGAGGGGAACCCUGUUGUGAAGGUUAUUAUUGAGAACCGACGGGGCUCCAGUGGCUCUCUGUGA